UAUUUGAUCCUUCGUUGUUCAACAGAAAAUCCCGUAUACACAAUAUGUCAAACACGGAAUGAAAAAUCGAUAAAUUAAAAAAAAAAGACAAAGUUGACUUUUCCAAUAAUGUAGAAAAUUUUAUUAAGUGACGUAUAUAUAUUAUCAAGAGAAAUGGCUACGUUACUCACUACUCGACACUGGGGAUCAGACGAAUCAUUUAAUUGCUUUGGCAAGAUGUUCGUGAGCAAGUUCACAAAAUCGCAAGAAAACCGUAACAAUAACAUAUUAACUCCAGUAUCUGAUUAUGCGAAUGCAGAUAAAUCCCUUAAACAGUCUGCGAAACGAAACAUCGCUUCGAAAAUUACAAAAUUGAAGACCAAGACCUACAACGAAAUUAUUUUAGAAUCUAGCCACGUGAAAGCAUCGGCUCUCCUUUAUGAAAUAACCGAACGCACUAAUCAAUUAGCCCAACCACGGCAGCGAAUCGAUGAGAAGCAAUUUCAAGUACGAUCAAAUCUAUCGCAGAUCCCAAAAGCAUCACCACGAAUAAUCGAACUUUCAAAGCCACGAAUUCCGUAUCAAUAUCCCUCUAAACCAGUUGGAUACGUAGCACCCAGUGCUCUUACGGCAGUCGCCACUCAACGUAUAAUUGAAUUAUCUAAGCCGAAAAGAAAACGGAGAUUAAAAGUAACAAAAAUUAAUCAUAACAAAAGAAAAUCGAAAUUGCAUAAAGAAAAGUCACGAAGCUAUGGGAAACGCGGUAAAAAGAAGGAUUAUAAAAACAGGGAUUAUAAACAUAAUGGAUUCAAUCGGUACAAAAAUGAUCGGAAACAAAAAAUAAAAAAAAAACUGAAACUAUCAAAUUCCGACAGAACUAUUAUUAUGGUUGGCUUAAAUUUGAAAAAUGACAAGAAAAUUCGUCGAUAUUCAUAA